AUGUCAGACACAACCUCUCUCACUGGUCAAGUCAACAGACUCACAAUCGCCGGAGACAAUGCUUCCAUCGUGCGUCGUUUCCCCCCCCUAUUCUCAACCAACCCCCCUACUAAAGCGUACUGCAGAACUCCUCCCAGACCGAAUCGUCAGAGUUGGUAGCAGUCGUAGACGAUCUCCUGAAUCAGCUCACCACCAAGUUCAAUUCCAUCAGUGGUGAGAUCUUGACCAAAAGUAUGUGGACAUCGGGAUGUUGAAGCUUUCCACCCGUACUAACUCCAAUCGCUAGUGGACGACAUGGCCAAAAGACUAGAUACCUUGGAAGGCAACAUCCAAGCUGGAAAUGCUGCGGCUGCAGCUCAAAACGAGAGCGAGGAGAGCAAGUAG